GACCUUUCUCCAUUCAGCAGCGCUCCAAUAACAGCUGUGGAGCUUGGGGCAAUGUGCUUGGCCACGGGUUGGAGUACUACAACGUCGCAGAUAUUGCAGUGCCGAGUGCGACGAGUGUUGCGUUUCCGCUGAUUCUGACUGUGUCCUCGUAGCAGACACACUUGGAACCGUCGUGCGAUUCACUUGUAGUGUCUCGGAACGCUCUCAUUUUGUGAGUUCACAAAUGAUUUCGAAUCUAGAUACGUGUGUGUUGUUGCGAUAGUACGUCGCGGUACUCCGCCCCCUGCGUGUCCCCCCUGUUAUUGCUAUAUUAUCGUCUUGUUGUUAUAUUGCUGUUGCUGUUUUGUUACAAUUACAACGUCGAUGUGGGUGUUUAAAGGCUCUUCUGCGUGAAACAAUGGUUAAUAACUCUCGUCUACGCUUAAUACUUGAACCGAUUCGUGAUGGAAGAACAUAUUACGCAAAAUGUACAAGUGUAAACUGCAAGUUGUAAACCUUUUAAAGUGACGAAAAGUUUUAUUGGUAUAACUUUUGUAUGAUAAAAUCAACUCCUAUUCAAUGUAAAUUUAAGUGAAACUUGAUGUGAUAUCUUUAGACGACAUUUCUGGUUUUUUCCUCUAUCAAAUGUUACUUUACAUUCGUUCGCAACAUAUAACAAAUCAGACUGUUUUUACUUUUAAUUAAACAAACCAUGUGACAACAAUAUAAAUCCAUUAUAUUUAGUAAAUAUACACAACUCUAUAUUCUCCGAUCGUUAGUUUAAUAAUUCCACUAUAUCUAAUAAACGUAUUUAAAGAAAUGUAAACAUAAGCGCUUACGUCUUACCAAAAAUUAAAAAAAGAAAAAAGAAAAUAAAUACAACCAACAAGUAUACUUAGUGUAGGAAUUUCAAAUUGAAAAUAUAAAAUUAAUGCGAAAACGUCAUUAGAGAACUGACAAAAUGAACAAACAAAAUACUCCAGUGCAACGUCGUACACCAGCCUCUCAACAAUCGAAAGACUCGUCUACCACAUCAUCAUCAUCGUCGUCAUCGUCAGGUCGCUCAUCACAACAAAUUAAGAAACCCGCGGAUCAAAAGAAGUCAUCAGACGAUGGGGCCGAGGGAGGAGGUGCCAGUACCUCCAAUACCACAGCGUCUUCGGCGAAUUCAUCUUCUUCAGCGGCGUCGGCAGCAGUUAACAAUAAAGACGAAGAAGAUAUCUAUGAAUUCAAAACAACACCAAAAGACGGUAGUGCAGGGUCCGGUACCGGUAGCGGAGGUGAUGACACCAAAACCGAGUUGCGAAAGAGUGACAAAUCCGCUGUAUCUGAUGACAAAUCUAUGGAAGAAACUCCCGCAACCUCAAGCUCUUCAGGUAGCGGAACGAGCGCUAAUGUGAGCUCAGGUGGGCAAUCCAAAAGACCUUACUCGGAAGUUGAAAAUGUCAAUGAAGACAAUACCGAACAGGAAGACAAUAAACGCAAAAAACGAAAAGAUUCGGAGAAUGUAAAAGAACCAUCAGGAAAAACAGGCUCCGGCAAUCGCAAUGCUCCACAGAGACAAGAUAAAGGUUCGAAAAGUGCAGGCAGUUCUGCGAAAUCUCUGGGGGGCAUAGCGGCCAAAGUUAAUACCAGUCUCGAACGGAAAAGUCCAUGUGCUAGCCCGAAACCAGCCAACAAACAGACAGAUAGUGAUGCGGAAACAGACGAAAACAAAAGUAGUGAUAAUUUCGGCAACGGGGGUCCCAAAGUACCCCCUCUGAAAAUUGUUAUACCUCAACAAAGCUCCAGUGGUGAUAUGGAGACUGGUUCGCGUAACGGAAAAAACAAUUCAAAUCGUAGCCACGCUGCUCUCCCCUAUGUAGUCGCCUCAUCUUCGAAUAGCAACGACUCAUUGACCGCAGAUAAAGAGAGCGCCUCCUCACGAUGCGCUAGCCCCGCAGAAAGCACAGGCAAGGGGAGCUCGUCCAACAUUUCAGCAACUUCUGAAGAGAAAAAUUCAAAAGCAACAAGCGAAGAACGAGCCCAACAACGAGUUUUGAGAAGCUCCCAUCGUUCUGGCGGCAGCGGUCAAGGUGUAGAUCGCGGCUCCAAUAAUUCUUCACCUCAAUUGCAAAGCAGUUCACCUUCACCGGCUGCACCUGCUGCAAGUAAUGAAGCCAACGAGAGCGCAGCCGGAAAAACGUCUGGUACGAGCAAUGCCAGCCCCGCAGCUCCACCGCAGCAUCAAUCUGAAAAUGAGACGACCAUUAAUGCCCCGAGCCCUUCUGCUUCGUCGACAUGCUCAUCGAAAACUGAGCAGCAAAGCACGGUCGAGCUUCAUCCACGCAAGCGUAAAAUCCGUGCCAAGCAGGAGGAGGCCAACAAGUCUACUUCGAACGCAACUUCUAAUCAGUCUAAUGCCGAGACCACUUCUUCUGUUAAUGAGAUUCAUCCGCAUGACCACCCAUUCACUAAUUGCUAUCAGAUGUUCCUCAAUAUUCGCAAACAAAUUGAAAAAAAGCAUCGCACAUUGUUCCCGAUUCAACCUCGUCCGCCGCAAGGUUUCAAGGACUAUUUAAUGAAUCGCAGAACUUACGUCUUACACGGAAAAACACCCUCGGAGCCUACGAUAGCCUUGCCCUCUAAUCUACCGGCUCAAAUGAAGGAUCUUUUUAUAGCGCAGGAGAAGGAACGUCACAAAUUGAAGAUGCAGCACAUUGUGGAGAAGGAGAAACUUGGAUUGACCGUUGAACAGGAAAUUCUACGCGUUCAUGGAAAAGCCGCGAGAAGUUUGGCAUGCCAGUCAGUGCCGUUUUCGGCUUGCACAAUUUUGAAGGACGAAGAGGUUUAUAAUAUGAUAACGCCUGAGCAGGAAGAGAAGGAUCGCAACGCACGAUCGCGUUACAAUGGACGGUUGUUUAUUAGUUGGCUACAAGAUGUGGACGAUAAAUGGGAAAAGAUUAAGGAAGCAAUGGUUCUACGACAUCACAACGAAGCCGAAAGUCUACAUGCUGUACAGAAAAUGGACUGGGAAUGGGGCUUGAAGGAGCACUUGCUUUGUGAUUUUAAUUCUAGACCUGUGAUUGAUGAACAGCACGUACCCAUGGUACACGUGAGCGAUUUCGAUCUAUUGCCGGCAUAAUGGAUAAUAAUUGAUCCGUUUCUAUUUGAAAUUUUAUUUUUAGUUUUAAGUUGAAUGUAAACAAUAAAGCGAUUGUUUUAACAUAAAAA